CUUUUUUUGGACCAUAUGAUUUGCCUGAGCGGCUAAGAGUAACAAACAGUAGAAAAUAGAUUAGAAAGGACAGAUUUGUAAAAAAAAAUUUUUUAAAAUAUAUUUAUUUAUUUUUUAACUUGGGACUUCCCGCGGUCCGGAUUUUGGACGCUGGCGGGCCGAAUCUGGUCAACUUCUUUUGUUUUUAAUUCAUCGAAGUGCGCAUGCAAGUGACGUCGGGGCCACAUUUGGGCCUGUGCGCGUUUACACUGGAGUCUGCUAAAGAUCACAUUUUACUUGCAGUCUAAACAGCAAGCUGAAAAUAAUCUGAUUUCGAAAAGACCCGAUUUGGCACCGUGUAAAUGUAGACAAAAAGACAGCCAAAAGAGGUUGGUAGAUCAGAAUAAAUCUAAAGGUUAACUAUAGUGUAGAAACGCACCCAAUCACAGGAAAUGUAGUCCUAAUUUUCAAAAUGUUCCUCUCUUUUUGUCAGUUUUUCUCCUUUUUUUUUUAAUGCUCACAUGCCUGAACUUUGACCACAGCGUCAGUUGCUAUGUAGAAUGGCACUUUUCAUCCUUUUCAGCAGACUGCAUUGCACAGCGAUUAACCCCACCCUCUUCCCCUCAAGUGGAGAUCCACCCAGGAAUGGGACCACAUGAAUCCCUUCCCCACUCCGAAAUUAAAAGAUUGGCGCCGUUUUGCAAUUAACGCUACGCAGAGCGUCUUAAGUUGAUCCUAUAUCCUCAGGGUUUGAUGUCGAUAAAUAACUUGAUAACGGACGAUUUUGACACUGUGACGACUCGGCUCAUUCUCAACUUUAGCACAGAUCUGUCUUGUGUCGUCACUUCUCCCGUAGAUUGGUCCUAACGUAGACCGACACGCUUAGCGGGGCUUCAUUUUUUGUACUGGUUGGCAAACCAAAGACUGUCAGGCACUUUAGUCCGUCAUAGCAACUUGAGUAAUGUGAAGAAAAUGCAUUUCAUCCUCAUAUUUAGUUAUGUUUUUCUUUGUCUUAAUACAUUAGAUAAAUAUUUCCUUAAAUUGUCCAUUCAUACUCUGCAUUAUUUCGCACAUGUCUAAUGAACAUAAAAAUAGAUGUCAGUGGCUAUAGGGUAGCUACAACAUUAAAAUACGGGAGGGCGUCGCUACACGUUAGCGAUAGCAUGUUGGUUUUGGACUACUCGCGAAAUGCUAAUUCUUAAUAUUUAACGGUGACAGUAGAGUAAGCUAACUUUUUACUGUUUUUGUAGAUUAAAUGUGAAUGCUUAACACUAUUUCCAGGGGUCGCCUCGCUGCCGUGCUAAAAAUGUUAGCAUCGGGUUAAAAUGUCAUCUCUUUUGAGUUAGCUUCUGUUGUCCCCAAAAAAAUGGUUUCCGGUAGCAGCGCUAAUGUAAACAGCUGGAAGGUUUUCUUUUGGAGGUUUAACCGCUACCUGGCCUACAGUAUGCAAGUGACAGAAGUGGAGCACUUUUUUAGUAGUUUUAGGAAUAUUUUAGCUGAUACCGAGGAUGUUGCUAAAUGCUAAAGCUCGAAACUAACUUUUCAAAGCUUGAAAAAAAAAAAAAAAAGUGGAAAUUUCCAUUAUGAUGCUGUAGUACCGUAUUUUUCGGAGUAUAAGUCGCUCCGGAGUAUAAGUCGCUCCGGAGUAUAAGUCGCACCGGCCGAAAAUGCAUAAUAACGAAGGAAAAAAACAUAUAUAAGUCGCACUGGAGUAUAAGUCGCAUUUUUUGGGGAAAUUUAUUUGAUAAAACCCAACACCAAGAAUAGACAUUUGAAAGGCAAUUUGAAAUAAAUAAAGAAUAGUGAACAACAGGGUGAAUAAGUGUACGUUAUAUGACGCAUAAAUAACCAACUGGUAUGUUAACGUAACAUAUUAUGGUAAGAGUCAUUCAAAUAACUAUAACAUAUAGAACAUGCUAUACGUUUACCAAACAAUCUGUCACUCCUAAUUGCUAAAUCCCAUGAAAUCUUAUACGUCUAGUCUCUUACGUGAAUGAGAUAAAUAAUAUUAUUUGAUAUUUUACGGUAAUGUGUUAAUAAUUUCACACAUAAGUCGCUCCUGAGUAUAAGUCGUGAAAAAAACUGCGACUUAUAGUCCGAAAAAUACGGUAAUUGAUUUCAGGAUGUAUUUCGAAUUGACUGGUAUUUAAAUAAUUUCACCAAUGUAGCGUCAUUACUUUCCUUUCCCCCCCCCCCUUCCUUCCGCGAUGAUAUGAAUGCAGCACUGUUCUGCUAAAAAUGCACAAAUAUUUCAGCUGUGAUGUGAUACUGGCAGACGGAUUUGGAUCUGCGGACAACGAGCCAGAUUUGGUUCCCGGUGCCUUGUGGAAUAAAAAUAUUUCUUUGUGUGACAAAUCCCGGUGUGAAAGGAAAAAGUCGGCAGGCGGUGUUUACACUACGGUUAUCAUCACCAGCAUAUAUAUCAUUAACUAAACAAUGGCGUCUUCAAUUUGCGUUGCUUAGAAUUGAUUAAAUUGAUUCUGGUUCAUUUACUAGCAUGGGUUUUACAUUCGUGUUUUUAAUCCACAAUUUUUUUUGACGUAAUUCAUGGUUAGGCCAUCAAAGAAUGGAUAUAAUAAUGUCUUAAAUUUGUUUGCUGUGCACUUUUUCUUUGUUUUAGUCGAUUUUGUAGCUUUCGGAAUUUUUUUCUUUUUAACACACGACGGGGUCUUUGAACGCACCACGGGCACAAUCUUUUUACACUUCUUGCCCUCUCUCCCCGUUUUUUUUUUUUUUUAAAGCAUUAAAAAAAAAAAAAAUCCCCCACCAGUAAAAUAAUAGCAAAGAAAUUGGAUGGCAUGGACCUUGUUUUGUAGUUAAUUUUUUUUGGACUGGUUUUAUGACAAAAUCUGGAAAUAUCUUAUGUGAAGCUGAGCUUUCAUCUUCUACUUGUAAACUUGGAGCACCCCUUUAAAAGAAAUCAAUAAACUUGAUUUGAUAGUCUUUUGAAUUUAAGCCUCAGCGUCCUCAAUUCAUAGAAAGUAGUAGUAGUAAUUGAACAUCUUGUCCCAAAAUGAAAUACUCAUUAUAGUGGCAUCCUUUUUCUUCAUCUUUAGCAUCAAGGGUUGGAAUUGGGGGUUAAAUCACCAAAAUGAUUCCCCGAGCGCGGCCACCGCUGCUGCUCACUGCUCCCCUCACCUCCCAGGGGGUGGAACAAGGCGAUGGGUCAAAUGCAGAGAGUAAUUUCACCACACCUAGUGUGUGUGUGACUAUCAGUGGUACUUUAACUUUACCUUUCAGCUGUUAUUCCACAUCUCUUCCACUUUGAGGCACUGUUGAGUCAAUCUGAAGCUGAGCUACUGGAAGAAGUUGCAAAAUUCCUUCUUCUUGGCAUCACAAUUUGGACAAUUGAAUGGCUCCAACCUUGUUGGCACACUUCAAUGGUUUUGGUGUGGCAGAAGAAGGCCAUCAAAGACGUUUGGGAUAAACUAGAAUUUGCACCAAUGGCAAAGAGUCCCAACAUAAAUAUUCCUGGCCCCGCCUACUCAUCUUCUUUGCCUACGCCCCCUGUAAGUCCCAAAAUACAUAGACAAACCUGUUGCUCUCAAACACAAAUGAGCCACUGAGCUGGGGCAAAGACCGGGAUGGGACAGAAGCCAGUUCCUUGCGGAUGGUCGGUCUGAGCAUGCAUCCUUCCGUUUCAUUUAAGGAACCUGAUCCGAUUGUGUGAUGUUGCCCUCAGUGAUGACUUGAUAUGGAGGUUUUUUUCCCAUUAUUUAUAAAUACCUUCUAAAUAGAAGAUAGAACAGAAAGAAGAGUCAAGUUGAAAGAAGUCCAACAUCUUUGAUUAGACUUUAAUAAGUAGCUGGCAAGGACUUGUGAUCCUUUUAAUAGUUCAACCUGCUGGAUUCUAAGUAUGGACCAAGUAGGUAUCUGUUGAAAGAGAAAGAACAAGAGAGUCCUAAAUCGACAACACUUGCAUCUGGAUUCAUCCCGGUGAGACUUCCCCAAAAAAGCCAUGGACGAAUGCGCCAAAGGUCCCACGGAGAAGCUGAUGAACGAGGCUGUGGCCCGGUUCAACACCACCUUGCAGACGGCCGUGAAGGAAGUCCACGUGGACGUGAGCGCCUUCAAGCAGCGCAUCGAGCAGCGUGUCGAUGAAAUGAGCAGCUCCAACCGGCCCCUGGUGGAAGCCGUUAACAUGCUUCAGGAGGAGAACCUGCAGCUGCGCUCCAAGCUGGAGGCCCUGAGUCGCCUGGUGGAGAGUCUGGCCGGGGUGCAGAUCGACAGGAGUUCCCCCGGUGGGUCGAAGGGGGCUAAGAGUGCGGAGAACGGACUUAAGGAGAUGCAGUCCAGGAACCGGGAAGGCCAGAGGGGCCUGGUAGGUCUGGCUACAUCCUCUGAAGAGUCAAUCGGAUCUGCAUGGAGAGCGAAAAAACUGAUGGCAAUGAAUGGGGUGGAGACCAAGGUAACGGAACAGCGGAACGGAACGCAAGCCCAGGGGCAGCUUGGUGGUCUCUUCGAACCUCACCUUCCCAUCACCGCCGUGACAAAAAUCAGCUCGGAAGCUCCGGCCGUCGCCCACUCCCCUGUUUCCGUGUCGAAAACCACGACGGAAACCACAGUAAAAUCAUUCAUACAUAAAACUGAUGUAGAAGAACCCCAGCCUCAUUUUCCAAUCACUGCCAUGGCCCCAAAACUGUAUCAGGAAGUAGGUGCAGCCGUCAAAACAGAGAAUCCAGCUGGAAAUGUAUCUCUGAAAAAGGGAGUACUCGGAGUAUCCCAGGAUCAAUCAUCCUUCAUAUCCCAAACUACUUCAGCCCAUCACGCCGUCACUGUGGCGUCAAAAUCCGAUCCAUCUUUACCGGAAUCCCAGCCGGUCAAACCGAGAGAGUAUCCGUUUCGCCGCGACGUCAGCAGUGAUCUCAAGCCAGACUCGCGUCUCUCGGCCUCGGUGAGGGCCAACACGGAUUCGCCGCCAGCUGCUACUCCGACAUUGCAGGAACCGUCGGUUAAACCUGGGGAGUACCCCUUUAAGAGAGCUCCACUUCUGAAGACAUCGAGUCCAACUCUAAAGAGAAGUGUGAGCUUCCCUCAGCCAGCAGAAAAACUUCUUCCCUCUAAAUCAAUCGUCAAAACAGGUUUCGACAACAAGAAAGCUAACCCGCCCAGCGUUGACUUCAAACCGGACCCGGUGAAGUCUCACACGCUUCCUCGCCCCAGCGGGGCUCAGGCCAAGCGCGCCCUCUUCGAGAGGAUGAACUCGGAGCCGACAAAGCCGAAGGAUUCCAAACCCAAACUGAAGCGAUCCCAGAGUUUUGGAGUUUCUAGCGCUAGUGGUAUAAAGCAGAUCCUGCUGGAGUGGUGCCGCUCAAAAACCAUUGGAUAUAAGAACAUCGACAUCCAGAAUUUCUCCUCCAGCUGGAGCGACGGAAUGGCUUUCUGUGCUCUGGUCCACUCCUUCUUCCCUCUGGAGUUUGACUACAACACGUUACAGCCCGCCAACCGCAAGCAGAACUUGCAAACGGCCUUCACCAUAGCGGAGAAACAAGCUGACUGUCUCCGUCUGAUCGAGGUGGACGACAUGCUGGAAAUGGGGGACAAGCCGGACCCAAUGUGUGUGUUUACAUAUGUCCAGUCCCUGUACAACCACUUGAAGACGUUUGAGUAACUCUGUAUCAGAGAUCUUCAUCACAAAGAUGCAUAUUGUUGUUUUGCUACAAUAUAUAACCAUCGUCACGA